UUAAGAGCUGCAACAGUGCAGUAGUAGCAGAGAUCGCCGGAAAAACUUGGAGGAAAUGCUAAAAUCUUCAUUAUUACUCCUUUUGGGCUUCGCGAUGACGCCACCUGGUUGCGCUACGGUUGCUCAGCCUAUAAUUUGUCGCCCGCAAUCGCAGCGCAACAUCAUCUUUCCCAAGGAAACCUUCGACGAAUGCUUUCUGGAUGAAGAACAGAAGAUUCCAGGAACUUGUAAACCGCUGCAGGAUUGUUCCGCUGCCCUAAAGGAAGCAAUGCCCAAGACCUGUUACUUUGUCAAAUUCGAUCAGUAUGUGUGCUGUGCCUCCAACUCUAGCCAACCUGACGAUGACUCACAGGUGGCGCCAACAACACUAAAGCCGCCCGUAAAACGGAAGAGCGGUAAAGUUUGCGAGGAAUUUAACUUCUUCGUCGCCUCCGUUGUGGGUGGCCGUCUGACCAAACACCGAGAGUUUCCCUUUAUGGCCGCCCUCGGCUGGCGCUCCAACUUCGAUCAAAGCAUUUACUAUCGCUGUGGCGGCAGUCUCAUAGCGCCCAAUUUCGUGCUCACAGCGGCGCACUGCAUCGACUUUGGCGGACAGAGGCCCGUAAUAGUGCGACUAGGCGGCGAUAAUCUGACCGUUAGCACGGAUGCAGUUCCACACGAUCAUCGAAUCCGUCGUAUAUUUAUCCAUCCCGGCUACAACGAGAAUACCGCCUACAAUGAUAUUGCGCUGCUUGAGCUGGAAGAGCACGUGCCACCCAGUCUACGUCCCGUCUGUCUCUGGCAGGAUGCGAAGUUGGCCAAGAAGGAUCUGAUUGCCGUUGGCUACGGGCAGAUAAGCUUUGCGGGUCUCUCCUCGUCGCAGUUGCUCAAGGUGGAUCUACAGCACAUCAGCAACGACCAGUGCCGAGAAUACUACUCACGCGAACAACUACCCAAGGGCCUGGCUGCCAGCCAAGUGUGUGCCAGCGACUUGAGCGGCAAGGCGGACACCUGCCAGGGUGACUUCGGUGGGCCGCUGGUCAUGAGGCUUGAUGACAAUACAUGGUAUCUGGUGGGCAUCACGUCGUUGGGCCAGGGCUGUGCCAUCGGCCCGCCCAGCAUCUAUACGCGCGUGUCCAGCUAUUUGGACUGGAUCAGGAGCACUCCUUGUUUUCGUUACAAUUUCAUUUGUUAA